CAUGAGGCGAACCCCGUAGCGCGUUGUUGUGAUCUAACAUGGCGGAGUGUAGUGUUGUGGCUGCUCAGUGUCUAUGUCAAUUUUAGAGUGAUUUUGCUUAAUAAGAACGGAAGAAUUGCAAUGGUUGACGAUCGUGAUAUUACAAGAAAUCGAAUAAAAUAAUCGUGUACUUAUGAAUAUUUGUAUUACAAAAGGAUUGACUUUAAUUUGGGUUUCGUUUGUCGCGGGAACUGUACACAGCGGUGAGGGAGCACGCAGAGUGCCGUCUCCUUACCAACAAAAUUUUCUUUUGAUCUUCUACGAUAACAAGCUAGUCUCUUCAACUGAUUUGACAAACAAUUAAGAUUUAACAGCUUUCCUUAUACACAACACGUGAUAACGAAAACGUGCACGACGUAGUUUUCCCGCGCGUCUUGAGAGGUUUUCUUGGCGCAAGAAUCAGGCUUAUGCAACGAAGAGUGCAUAAACAUCUAUUACGGUAAACAAUCUUAUUCCGUCAAUCGAACUUGAAAGAAUGUGAACUACGUGACAGAUCAUCAUUGCUCGAAUUUUAUUUUAACAAUUUUAGUGACAAAAUUCAAUAUUGUGUAAGUUUGUUAAACGAGAUAUUACAGAAUUAGUGAAAAAGAUAAGAAAGAAUAUAUAAGCUGGUGAAAUCUGUAAAAUUGUCAAUAAUUGUUAAAAAAUGAAUAAAAAAUCCUUAUGGUGUAUUUAUUAAUUAACAAUUACGUCAUUAAUUUGUCUAAGUUAUCAAAAAAAAAAAUCUUAUAUAUGAAUCAGAAUUAUAAAAGGAUCAUAUAUAUUUCAAGGUAUUUUUGUUUUAUAAAGUUAACCUUGUAAUAAAAAGCCUUAAUGGGUUUCAAAGAAAUAAAUGACAGAUCGAUAUAUGCAGAUUUUGUUGCAUUUGUCGACAUAUUAGAAAGUUGAGAAUUAUUCAUACAUUUGUUCAAAAAGCCAAAGAGUUGGUGAAAUUUUAAAGGGAUGCAAGAUAGUUGGUGAUAUAAAAUAGGGUUUAUAAGUUAAUUUUUACAACAUGACGGAUACACGUAGAAGAGUAAAAUUAUAUGCUCUUAAUGUUGAUAGACAAUGGGAUGAUCGUGGUACAGGUCAUGUUUCUUCUUCAUAUGUAGAUAGACUGAAAGGAAUUUCACUUUUAGUUAGAGCAGAGAGUGAUGGUUCAGUUUUGUUGGAAAGUAGAAUACAACCUGAUACAGCAUAUCAGAAGCAACAGGAUACUUUAAUAGUUUGGUCAGAAGGAGAAAAUUUUGAUUUAGCCUUAAGUUUUCAAGAAAAGGCUGGCUGUGAUGAAAUUUGGGAGAAGAUAUGCCAAGUUCAAGGAAAAGAUCCAUCUGUUGAAAUUACUCAAGAUAUUGUUGAAGAAUCAGAAGAUGAACGAUUUGAUGAUAUGUCAGAUGCUGCACCUCCAAUAGAAUUGCCUCCAUGUGAAUUAAGUCGAUUGGAAGAUAUUAAUGAACUUAUAGGAAAUUGUCUAUCUUCUCAAAUGCGAAAAGAUAAAUUAGCAUUGGCUUUGGAAUCAGAAGGUUAUAUCAAAAAACUACUAAAUCUAUUUCAUACUUGUGAAGAUUUAGAAAAUAUUGAAGGAUUGCAUCACUUGUAUGACAUAUUUAAAAAUAUUUUCUUACUUAAUAAGAACACAUUAUUCGAAGUUAUGUUUAGUGAAGAUACAAUUUUUGAUGUUGUUGGAUGUUUGGAAUAUGAGCCAACAUUACCUCAGCCAAAGAGGCAUAGAGAAUAUCUUCGACAGUUAGCCAGAUUUAAGCAAGCAAUUCCUAUUACAAACGCUGAGCUAUUAGCUAAAAUUCAUCAAACGUAUCGAGUUCAGUAUAUUCAAGAUGUAGUUUUACCAACUCCAAGCGUAUUUGAGGAUAACAUGUUAAACACAUUGAGUAGCUUUAUAUUUUUUAAUAAGGUUGAAAUAGUAACCUUAAUACAAGAUGACGAGAAAUUUCUUACUGAACUAUUUCGUCAGUUAACUGAUGAAGCAACAUCAGAUAAUAAAAGACGAGAUUUAGUUCUUUUCUUAAAAGAAUUUUGUAACUUUUCUCAGAAUCUUCAACCACAAGGAAAGGAGGCCUUUUAUAAAACUUUAACUGCACUUGGUAUAUUACCUGCUCUAGAAAUUACUUUAGCAAUGAACGAUGCCCAAACAAAAACCGCCAGUAUAGAUAUAUUGACUUAUAUAGUAGAAUAUUCUCCAAGUGUUGUUAGAGAUUAUACAUUGCAACAAAUAAAUAAUACAGAACAGGACCAAAUGUUAAUAAAUGUAAUAGUUGCUCAACUUGUUGGUGAUAGUGAUCCAGAGUUGGGUGGAGCGGUACAAUUAGCCGGUGUGCUACGCUUGCUCCUAGAUCCAGAAAAUAUGUUGGCUUCUGUUAACAAAUCAGAAAAGACUGAUUUCUUAAAUUACUUUUACAAAAAUAGUAUUGGAACAUUGAUAGCACCAUUGUUAGCAAAUACAAUUGGAGAACGACCAGCAAGAGAAGAUUAUAGAACAGUACAGCUUUUAGGAUUAAUUUUAGAAUUACUAUCAUUUUGUGUAGAACAUCAUACUUAUCACAUAAAAAAUUGCAUAUUGAACAAAGAUCUGCUCAAACGGAUACUAGUUUUGAUGAAAUCAACACAUACAUUUUUAGUAUUGUGUGCUUUAAGGUUUAUGAGAAAAAUUGUGGCUUUGAAAGAUGAAUUUUAUAACAGAUAUAUUAUUAGGAAUUUAUUUGCGCCUGUAUUUGAUGCAUUUGUGAGAAAUAAUGGUAGAUAUAAUUUGCUGGAUUCUGCUAUUCUUGAAAUGUUUGAAUUUAUUAAACUGGAAGAUAUUAAAUCGUUAUGUUCACACGUUGUUGAAAAUUUUUCGAAAGAAUUAGAAGCAAUUGAUUAUGUACAAACAUUUAAAGCUUUGAAAUUAAGGUAUGAACAACAUCAAGAUAAGCUGAAGGAUCGAGAUAGAGCAAAUCUUGAUAGCGUUCCAUCCAUACUGAGAAAUAGUCGAUAUAGAAGGGACCAGAGACAAUUAGAUGAAGAGGAAGAAAUGUGGUUCAAUGAAGAGGAAGACUUUGAUGAGGGUGAGGCGAUCGUACCCGCAACAGCAGCAGAUCUCGUGCCUCCGGCUUCUGCUAAACAGUCAUCAACUUCAAAUUCUGCACUUAAUCCUGCUCUUGCAGAUUCUAAAAGUCAUCAUCAACAGCAGCAGCAACAACAGUCUGUGUUAAAUAAUAAUACUGCUAAUAAUAAUAUUACCUCACAACAAUCACAAAUUAAUAAUUCCUCUACAACAACGAAUGAAUCUCCGAUUACAUCGGAAAUUAAUCCAAAUUCAACUAUUGGCGCGGUAGAAAAAACUGGAACUGCAUUAUUUAAAAAAGGCUUGGUCGAUUACGAAGGAGAUUCAGACGAAGAAGACGAGGAUACGGAGGUUACACCCUCUCCAAAACGACAAAGAUUGUCAUAGUAGGCAAAUUGGGAAAAAACUGAGGAAUUUGUGAUUUUUAAUUGCUGCUACUAUUUCUGGCCCUCCUAUGUGCAUAGAAAACUCGAUCAAAUGGUCGUAUUGAUAACUUUUUUGUACCAGAUAAAUGAUCAUUUUCUUUAAGUGCGUGGACGUAAUGAGGUUACGUGUUCACAAUAUAGUGGAAACUGACAUACCUCUUUGUGCUGGGUUGUGUAUAAAUAUGCAAAAACAUCAGAACUGAAUGCAGGUGGGUGAAAGGGUCUAGGAAAUGGAAUAUAUAUAUAUAUAAUUAGAAUUUAAAAAAAAAUAAAUGAUGAACCAAUAUAAUAUAAAGAAAGAGAGAACUUUCUUAAAAUAAGAAACUAAAACAUAUGAUAAAGUUGUGGCAUAAUAUUGGAUGACCACAUAAGUGUUAAAAAUAAUAAGGUUUUAACAAGAAAUAGUCCAUUCCACAUUGUCUGGAAAUACCCCAUAUACUAGGAAAAAUUAUUUCACAAAUAGGCUAAGAAACUCUAGCCAGGCCUAGUGGUUCUAACAAGCAGUUUCUAAGCGUAUGCUUAGAUUCAUAUAAUAAUUGAAAUUGUGACUUUAUGUCAUAUUUACAUUUAUUAAGAAGAAACUUACUAUGUAAAAAAAAAAAAAAAAAAAAUUAACAUGUAAAAGUACAUGAUGUACCGCACAAAAACAACUAAGUGUUUUGUUUUGCCAUCCAUAAAUUUUUUUAUUCGUGCGAUGGGCAAUGAGACUAUAAAAGGGUUAAACAUCAUGAAACUUUAUCCAAUUUAAGGGAAAUAGUAUUUAGUUUGUAUAUAUAUGUAUAUUUGUAACGAUUGUAAAACAACUAUUCGUAGGUGAAGCAGAGAAAAUGCGAUUCCUUUACAAAUUCAGUUCCCAUUUAAAGUUCUUUGAAUGAGCUUUUCGGUUGUCAAUGUAAGUAGUAGAAAUUGUACAAUAAACAUAUUUGAUUUGUGUAUAUUUACCAGUUUGCACUUUAUGUCCGCAAUUCACUCCUUGAUGUAAAAGAAAAAGUAUAUGUGAAAGUGUUUUGCAAUCUUGAGCAUUCAAUAUGAUAUAUCAUAUACGUAUAAAUUAUUCGUAAUUAAUAUGGAUAAGAAUAGAAGCUUGGUAUUAUUGUACUUUGUAAAAAAAAUGAUAAAAAAA